AUGCUAUCCGAUGAUAGUACUGUGGAUACCUCCAGUAGUCAGGGUGCCCGAAUGUCCAAAGCAUCCUCGCGCACAAAAUUCGCUGCCCGUGCAAAGAACGUUCGCCGCCGAGACAGUUCACGCACGCUAAGAGAGCGGGAUCGAGGGCGGUCCACGUCUGCCUUGAAUCAACCCACCAACUAUGAUGAUACUAGUGGGGUACUGUCGAAAGCACAGCUCACUGAAUCGGAGUUCACUCGAGUAUCUGUUUAUCAAACAAGACAUGAGAUGCCGCGAGCAGAACCGUGGAGAUACCAUGCAGACCCCGCGGUACCUCAAACAACGGCUACAAAAAAUGGUAAUGGCGGUAACAGUGAAAAUGAUGUGCAUGAAGACGGGCAUAGGGUGGGGGAUAGAGAUCAUGAUGCUGAUGAUAAUGAUGGUGAUGUUCCAAUGGAUCUCGGCGGGCCAUCCCCUGAACAAAGCCCAGAAAAUGAACCCAAUGAUGAUCUCAAUGACACGUAUUCAUCCCAUUCCUUGGAGCCACCAUCGGGGUCACAGUCGUCGGAUCCACCCCCGAUGUACAAGCAGCCAGAGACCAAUGACAUCACAGAAGAUCAGUUGAUCCAAGAGGUGCGCUCGAUCUAUGCUGGACUAGUGAUGGUGGAAAAGAAAUGCAUCGAGGUCGACAAACAACAAACUGAAUCCAAUGCCGAGUUAUCUGGCCUACAAUGGCAAGCAAUGAUAUCCCUGCAUCGAACAUUACUUUAUGAACACCAUGAUUUUUUUCUGGCCUCCCAACACCCGUCCGCCAGUCAGGUGUUGAAAGAAUUGGCCGACAAAUAUGCAAUGCCUGCACGCAUGUGGAGAUAUGGCAUUCACUCAUUUUUGGAGCUGCUUCGGCAAAAGCUGCCCGGCUCUUUGGAUUAUAUGUUGAAUUUCAUCUACCUCGCAUACCCGAUGAUGACACUCUUACUUGAAAGCGUCGAUGCAUUCAGCGAGACUUGGAUCGAGUGCCUGGGUGAUUUAGCACGAUAUCGCAUGGCUGUGGAAGAGUCUGACAUGAGAGACCGGGAGGUUUGGGCCGGAGUUUCGCGAUACUGGUACAAUCAAGACGCUGAUCGCAGCCCUGAAGUUGGUCGUAUUCAACAUCAUCUUGCAGUAUUAGCUCGUCCAGACGUGCUUCUGCAGCUUUUCCACUACACCAAAGCGCUAGUGAGUGUACGUCCUUUCCCCAAUGCGCGAGAGAGUGUGGUCCUUCUCUUCGGUCCGUAUAAUGGACAAGAUCAAAAUUUGAAUCAGCACACAAUGGUCACUGCUUUUAUAGCUACUCACAGUGCCCUAUUCAAUAAAUGGCCGGCUGAUCAAUUCGUCGCCUUGGCAAAUCACUUCUUGAUACUCUUGCGGCAAGAAUCCCGGCACCUGGGUCGUCAGGGUCAAACAGGAGUUUACAUUAUGUCGUGUAAUUUCGCGUCGAUCCUUCAAUACGGUGACGACGAAGUCGAUGCCGAUAUAGUGAUGGAAUUUGCUCAUAAAAAUGAUGCAUCGGCUGCAGGUGCUUCUGAACUUGCGCUCAAUUGGACGUCGGGUUUGGACUUGGGCUCGAAAGUGAAGAUCAAAGAAAAGGGCCAGCCAACACAUCCUAGCGCCCAUCUCCCUCCAAUGGUUUUUCACGGCAGUACUCUCGCCUUCCACACACUUUCAGUCUUGCUCGACCAACUAGGUGACCCUAGUAUAUACCCAAGUGUACAUAUCUCAUUAUCAUUCAUCUGGUGCCUUGCCCUCCACCCGCUCGCCAUGCAACCAGUCGACGCAUUCAUCCCGUGGGUCAGCAUCGGGAGAUUCCUCAACACUCUUAUCGACGCUUUCCUCAACGCUCUCCGUGAAUCUGAGAUCGACCCCGACAGCAAAUUCAACGAAAUCGAAGAUAGAAACUUCCCACUGGAGGAUAUGCCGACGCGUCAUCUACCGGAGGAUUUCCUUAUCCGCGGUCAAUCCUGGAGCCAGCUCUACUACCCCGACAAAUUUUUCGAAGGAGCCCCCUCGGAGGACGACAGACCCGUUAUUGAACCGGAUACCAUUCCCAUCCCUCGCAUGGAAAGAUGCCUCUGGCUAGGCGUGCAAAUAGCAACGUUCCGUCGUUGGUUAACAUACGAGAAUCGCAGGUUCAACGUUACUCCGGACGCGCUUGGGAACGCAAAGAUUGCAGAAUUUUGCGGAGGCCUCAAUAGCAGCGCUGCUAGAUCUUCACUUUCUUAUCACGGGACUCACGACAAGAUGUGA